UUUCUUUUUCUCCUGCAGUGAAAGACAGGAAGAGCAAGAGGCUGAACAAGAAAAAAUCAGAAAGUACAAAGCUACGGGAAUAUUCAUGCAUGAACGUUUUUUGCGGGAUGGGGUUGAUCAGCAGAGAGAAAUGGUUCGCCGAGAAGAUGUCUGGUUGCAUUUGACAUCGCUUGCAGCGCUUUUGCCGUCGAGUCCCAGAUCACCCCUGUCGCGUGAUUGGGCCGUGCUCGGCAGGUUCGGCAUGCAAUCGCAGAUGGGCAUUCUCGAUGCCAAGCUCGAGCGCGUUGUACAUGUACACUUCCCAAUGCAUGGAUGGGUGUGUAAGCAGGCAGUUGAGACAGUUAGGUGGUCGGGAUGUGGCCAGGGCAGGUUCUUGCGGUUAGCAUCUCAUGGGUCUUGCGUAGCCGGACGCCGCAUGUGGCAAAGCUGGGAAGGGCAGGAACAAUUAAGCUCCAGUAUCGGCCAUGCCUCACAAGGGCAAGUGCGCGAGAGAAGUGCAUUUUGUUCACGACUGAGGCAGCGAGAUCAAGGAUGAUAAUGUGUUAUAGUAGUUCGCGAUUGUAUGCCUCUUGACAGUCGUCGCAAGCAGGGAAGUUGUAGGCGGGAAUAGGUGAAAUUGGGCUAAAUUAAUUGGAGACUGGCAGCCAAGCCGCCUAGCAAGCGUCACAGUUCUUUGGCUGCCUCUCUCACCCUCUUUCAACGGGCCCGGCUCUCGACUCCUGUCCAGUGUCCAUCCUGUCGAUUUUCAUCUCCUCUUCCCUUCUCAUCUCCAUCACCCGUCAUCACCAACCAUAUCUCCAUCGCCGCAUGUUACGAACGACACGACUUUAGCUUGCAUUGCAUAGACUCGCACUUCUUAACCACAUCUCUCCCCGACUCAUCAGACC